AUGUCUUCAGGAUCCAAUAGCGCCAGGCGCAUAGUCUCAGUAUUGCGACCUUCAAUCGCCGAACAGCGAGUUUGCAGGAGCUGUAAAGAGACACUUGUCCGCCGCAAUUAUGCUUCAGCCGCGACACCAAUCAACCCCAAAUCCUCCUCUUCAAACUCUCCCACUUUCCCCGUCGUGAGCCCUACCUAUACCAUCAACGCUGGCGUUCUCCUCUCCCGCCCGCCCCAGAUCACGCGCGAUCUCACCGAUUUCGAGAAAGCGUACUACUUCUACCAGAAACGCCUGAACGAGCGUCUCGUCCUCCCGUUCACGAAAUACUUCUACUUCAAGCGCGGAACGCCCGCGGAUGAGGAUUGGAAGCGUAAAGUCCGUGAGCGUCAGACGGCCGCCCGUGACAUUGGCAAAUACAAUGCGUACUCGAAAGACGCGUGGAACGAUGAGCUGCUGGUUGGAGCGCCCGAGUCGGAACCAGCACACAUUGUCGAAACAUUGAUUUCGGAUGCUGAGAGCACGGCCAAUAAUACCUCCCAAGAUACUAGCAAGAAGGAGGAGAUCCCGCGGCCGCAUCCGCGGGUCACGGAGGCGGAUAGGAAAGGCGACACGCAGAGUCUUAACCGGGCUCUCCAGAGAACCCUCUACCUUCUUGUCCAGUCCAAGGAGGGGUACUGGAAGCUUCCCAGCUCUCCUGUCGCCGCGGAAGAAACCCUUCGCUUGGCCGCUGAGCGCACCCUUGCCGAGUCUGCCGGUGUGAACAUGAACACCUUCAUGGUUGGAUACCACCCCGUCGGCCAUUACGUGUACAACGCGCGAAAGCCGAAAACCGACGAGACGACCGGCGUCACCGUUGCCGGCGAAAAGACCUUCUUCAUGAAGUCACGCAUCAUGGCCGGACAGGCGGACCUUUCCAACAACGUGCAGAACCUCCAGGACUUCAAGUGGUUGGCCAAGGAGGAGAUUGCUAAGUACGUACUGCCGCCGUACUAUGCCAACAUCAAGAACAUGCUGGCCGAGCGGUAA